AUGGCACUCAAGGGAACUCUUCGAGCAAAGCAGGGAAAGAUUUUUCUCCUCCGGGUGCAGGAAGAUUGCUGGUGUUGCGCGCGCCCAUCCCUCGGCGCCAAGACACAAUUUGGACAAGAAUCCGUGUCGGAAGGCCAUAUUCAUGAGGGUCCCCCUUGCCCCCUAACCAGCGGCAGCAACAACAACCCCACGGGCAUCACGGAUACGCGCUUUCUUUUAGAGUACUUGUAUCCGGAAGAAUGCACAGCAGCUCGUCCUGCAGUCGCCAUCGCAGGAGGAGGCGCAGCAGGAGGCGCAACGCCACGCACGAGUUUUGUGUCUGUGAAAACUUCUCCCGCCGUUUCGCAAGUUCGAAGAUGCAAUCAGGUUACUUUGUGGCGUGCUCGAGGCAGCUGCUCUUCAGAUGCGGAGGGUGCAGUAAAGGCGGCUGCAUUUGAAGAGGCAUCAGCAGCAUCCAAGGAAGUCGCCGAGGAAGCGGCAGGAGCUUCCCCGGCAGACAGCCAAAGCGGGGGGUUCGAUGCUGCACGCAGUAGCAGCAGUAGCAGCAGUAUUGGCAGCUUCAAGAGGAGAUAUAGGAGCGCCAGAGCAGCAACAGCAGCUACUGUGGCGAGGAGGCGGCAGGAGCUGCUGCUGAAGGGAGGUUGCAACAGCUGGUCAGAACAGAUGCAUGCUGAUUUCUUCUUCCAAUCUUUUCCCCUUGAAGACGAGCAUAUGCGUCUCCUCCCUGCUGACGCUUUAUCCCUCGUCGGCUGUGUGCUGCCUCUGCCGUUCCCUUCCGUAAACUGCCUAACUGUGGGGGGAGGGCAUACUUCAGCAGUGUCGGGAGCCAUGCAGUCGCUGCAGCUGCCGCUGCAAAAGCGUCCCCUUACCACGUGUCUUUUGCAGAGCACAGCCUUGCGAGCUGCUGCUUCUGAAGGUGCUUUUUCUGGCAGCGAUGCUGGCAGCUCUGGAAAUGAGGCUUUUUGGAUGUCGCAGUGCAGCUGGCGAGUCGAGGCUUCUCCAAGCCUCGACAGCAGCAGCUGCUGCUGCGCGUUGCUCGAGCAGUUGGGGGAGAAGGGUGGAUUGGGAUUUCACACCGAUGGUGGACUGCAUCGAGACAUGCUCAGCAGCCUCCAGCUCAUUUCCUUGGUGCUGCCCGCUCAUCUGCAGCAGCAAGUUUCACGGCUGCUGCUACAGCUAGCUGCCUGCUCGCGAGCACUUCUGCAGCAGGCAGGCGCUGUCGAGGCUGAGCUGCUGCUGCGGCAGCAGCAGCAGCAGCUCGUUGCCAGGCAGCAGCGUCGAUCCACUGGCAGCAGCCUGAGCGGCAGCGGAAGACGGCUGUGGGGUAGGAAGCGAGGCAUGGGGUGUGGGAGCAGCCGCAGCUGCAGCUGUACGUACUGUUACGUGGACAGCCGUGCAGUGGGUGUGGAGGAAGUGGAGAGUAGUGAGACUGAAGAGGUUCUUGCUUGUCUGGCAUCUGCCGUUGGAGGGGAGGUUCCCGCAGAGAAUGCAGGGGAGUCGCAUGCGCCAGUGCCUGCGUUGCCGUCGAAAAACGGAGCAGCAGCAGCUCAAGAUCAGAGAGAGUCGGCGGAGCUGUCGGCAACAGGCACAGCCACAGCUCUACUGGCAGUGUCGUCAGAAAAAACGGCAAAAGCGCAGCCACUGGAUGAGGAGGAGGGAGAUGAGUGGGAGCUCGAGAAGGCAUUCGAGGAGGCUAUGGAGAGCGGCGAGGCAGAAAAUGCAGCUCAGCAGCAAAGGCAGGCUUCCGUGUCGCAUGCUGCAGGGGAUCUAGAUCAGGAGUUUGAGUUCGACGAUGUCGACGUGGACGAUCCUCAGGGAGCUGCCGCCAGCGGCGCUGCAGCAGCUGCAGCAGCAGCAGCUGCAGCUGUUGUUGGUGUGGCUGCCUCGCACUCCCAGCAGCAGCAGCAGACGCAGCAGCUGCAUGGCGUAAGAUCGUUGAGUGCCGUUGCUGCAGAGGGAAUCGCUGCUGCCUCCUCGGGGGGGGGCGGGGGGAGCCUCAGCGGGGUGCCUCGUGCUGCUGUUUCGAGGAGCGAUGAAGCGGUCUUUGCCGCUGCUGCCGCUGUCUUCGCCGCUGAGGAUGCGUUCGUUCAAAGCGUGCUGUGGGGGGAAAUCCCAGGCAGCAGCAGCUUCUCGCUCGCGAAAGGCUUUGCCGCCUUGGCGUGGAGAGAGACAGAUCCUCCUGCCUGCAAGGCAGAAAGGCCUCAUAGAGCAAGAGCAGCAAGAGCAGCAGCAGCAGGAGCAGCAGCAGCAAGAGCAGCAGCAGCAGCGACAGCAGCAGACGCACACCGUCGUCUCCCCUCCUCCGCUCACCACACCGAGCAGCAACACGAACAAGCGGCAGCCGCUGCAGCAGCAGCGCAUGCAGCCGAUGAAGCCGCUGCUCAUCGCAAAGACCUUCUGGCGGCUCUCGAGAAGGCUGCCUCUACUGCCGCUGCAAUGUGA